GACUCUUCCUAUGCACCGUGUGCAUGGCGGCGACGAGUCUAUCUCUAAUAACUAUACCCAAGAAUGCAGCGUUCUUUUUUAGAUCACGAUUAAAUUAUUAAAUGAAGAUAUGGUAGGUCAAGGUAGCUCUACCAUUUAUUGACAGGUAUAACAUUGCUUUAUACCGAUGGAAUUUCGACAUGUCAGUACGUAAUCACAUCGUGUUGAGUGCUUUAACUGAUUUGGUUUAAGAAUCAAGUGAUUCGCUUCGUUUCAACUUAUCGACAUAAAUAAUAGCAUUGAAAAAAUUCGAGCUAACUUUAUCUCGUUUAUUUCUAACGAUGAAAAUUUUGAUUUCACACUCUUUUAAACAAAAAAGAAGUAGUUCGUACAAUUUUCAUAGUUUGAAAUGUUUAACGAAAUAAGAACGUGCAAAAAAAUCAAUCGAACGUAGUACCAAAAAAUAGAAAGAAUAGACAUAAAUGGCGCAAACGAUUCUAGGAUAUGUUUGAAUAUUAUUUUUAAAUGUUCUUUCGUUUGUGUUUUAUAACUUUUUAUUAAGCGCGACGAUUAAAAGUAACUUGAUCCCAAAGGCGUUGUACUAAAAAUAUAAUGGCAAAAAAGCGAGAAUGCAUGUCCAUUCAUAUUGGACAAGCUGGUGUCCAAAUGGGUAACGCUUGCUGGGAACUGUACUGUUUGGAACAUGGAAUUCAACCUGAUGGACAAAUGCCCAGUGAUACCACUAUUGGUUACGGGGAUGAUUCUUUUAACACAUUUUUUUCCGAGACAGACUCAGGAAAACACGUUCCGCGUGCUGUUUUCGUUGAUCUCGAACCAACAGUAGUAGAUGAAGUUCGUACAGGCACAUAUAGGCAACUGUUUCAUCCGGAGCAAUUAAUCACGGGGAAAGAAGAUGCGGCGAAUAAUUAUGCCCGGGGACAUUACACUAUAGGGAAAGAAAUUGUAGAUCUGACUUUGGAUCGAAUUCGCAGACUUACCGAACGAUGUAGAGGCCUGCAGGGUUUCUUGAUUUUCCAUUCGUUCGGUGGUGGCACUGGAUCAGGUUUUUCAAGUUUAUUAAUGGAAAGAUUGUCCGUCGAGUAUCCAAAAAAAAGUAAAUUAACUUUUAGUAUUUAUCCCGCGCCUCAGGUAUCGACUGCUGUUGUAGAACCAUAUAAUGCAAUUCUUUAUACACAUCCAACGUUAGAACAUUGCGACGUGGCCUUUAUAGUUGACAAUCAAGCUAUUUAUGAAUUAUGCAGAAGAAAUUUAAGCAUUGAUAGGCCUACGUACACGAAUUUAAAUCGUUUAAUUGGGCAAAUUGUUUCAUCGAUCACCGCAAGUUUACGAUUUGACGGAGCUCUUAACGUUGAUCUUACUGAAUUUCAAACGAAUUUAGUACCAUAUCCGCGUAUUCAUUUUCCUCUUGCGACGUAUGCUCCAGUCUUAUCAGCUGCAAAAGCUGGUCAUGAGAGGAUCACAGUGGCAGAAAUAACAACCUCGUGUUUCGAACCAAAUCAUCAAAUGGUGAACUGUGACCCGCGUAGAGGGAAAUACAUGGCAGUUUGCAUGCUUUAUAGAGGAGAUGUUGUUCCCAAAGAUGUAAAUGCUGCGAUUGCGGCAAUCAAAAGACAAAAGCAUGUUCAAUUUGUCGAAUGGUGUCCGACUGGCUUUAAGGUAGGAAUAAAUUAUCAACCCCCUACUGUGGUACCUGGGGGUGAUCUUGCUAAAGUAGAAAGGGCUGUCUGUUGUCUUUGUAACACUACUGCAAUAGUUGAAGCAUGGGCAAGAAUCGAUAACAAAUUCGAUCUGAUGUAUGCCAAACGGGCAUUUGUUCAUUGGUUUGUCGGCGAAGGUAUGGAGGAAGGUGAAUUUGCGGAAGCGAGAGAAGAUUUAGCAGCUUUAGAAUUGGAUUAUCGUGAGGUUCAAGAAGAUGCUGCUAACAGUGAAGAAGAAGAAGAAUACUGAUUCUUUAAAUAUAUAAAAAAAUGUAUUAUUUACAUCUGGCUUUCUGAUCAAAAUAUACUAAAUGAAAUUAAUAA